AGAUGGUCGCGGAGCAUCUAUUUGGGACACCUUCAGCGGCGCCAACACCGUUGGAAUGCCAGGCUCAGUCUGCAAAUCUGCCCCAUGCCCUGUGAACAGCGCCAUGGCAGUCAAAGGCGCUACUGGCAACGUGGCCAAUGAUCACUACCACAAGUUUAAGGAUGAUGUCACCGCCAUGAAAUCCAUGGGUGUGAAAUAUUAUCGCUUCUCUGUGGCAUGGCCACGCGUUGUUCCCACAGGCCGUGUCGGCGAUGGAGUCAACCCAAAAGGCAUUCAGUUCUAUCACGACCUGCUGGACGAUUUGAUUUCCAACGACAUCACUCCUAUCAUCACCAUGUACCACUGGGAUCUCCCUCAGGGGCUGAUGCACUUGGACUUUGACGCCCCGGCCAAACCUUGCGAUUCAUCGGUUGCGCAGGGGUGGUAUGAGUGCACUAUGGGCUCUGAUGGAAAUCCAGUGCCAACUGGAAUGGAGUCAGCUGUUGCCAAAGAGUUCGAAGCGUUUGCCCAAAUCCUUUUGAAAGAGUAUGGCUCUAAAGUGAAAGCUUGGGCCACUUUCAACGAAGCCUGGACCUUGACCUACCUGGCCAGUGGCUACGGCAAAGCACCGUCGGUCCAGCCAUACAUGGAAAUGACGGUUUGGCCGUAUGUGGCCGGGCACAAUGUGAUCCUGGCGCACCUGAAGGUGACGCAGCUUUUCAGGCAGAUGCAGCAGGAUGGUAGCCUUUCAUCAGAACACAAGAUCUUCAUUACGAACAACCAGGACUGGCGCGAGCCAAAGACCGACAGCCCAAAGGACAUUGCAGCUGCGCUUUACCAGGUCGAAGGCCAACUUGGAUGGUAUUGUGAUCCCAUCUUUGGCGUUGACGGGGAGCACGAUUAUCCUUAUUCCAUGCGCUCCACUCUGCCAUACAUGCCAAAGUUCAGUGACAAAGAGAAGGCGCUGCUCAAAUCUAAUCGGCCAGAUAUUUUCGGACUGAACCACUACGGCACCAGCUUUGUCUCAUAUGAUGACGGCAAAUACACCAUCUCCCAUGGAGACUUGGUUCAGGGCAAGUCCACUUGGCUCUUUCGUGCAGCCUGGGGCUAUCGCAAGCUGCUGAACUGGGUCUCGAAUCGCUACGGUGACAUCCCCAUUUGGGGCACGGAAAGUGGAUGGAGUGAUGGCUUGGAUACCGCGCUGUCCUCGAAGCAGGACAGUGGCCGGAUGACAUACUAUCAUUCCUACAUCUAUGAAAUGAACAACGCCAUCCACCAGGAUGGCGUCAAGAUGGAAUCGUUCAUGUCGUGGUCGUUGAUGGAUAACUUUGAGUGGGAGAUGGGCUAUUCCGAGCGGUUUGGCUGCUUGUGGAACGAGUUCCAAUGGGGAUUGGACCCCAACGCGCCGACGAAAGAGAGCCUCAUCCACAAUGCUUACUCAGGACGAUUGGAGGGCAAGUGUGACAAGUGCGAGGAGCCGAGCGUGAAGCCGCGAGCUGAAAGUGCGGAUGGCCAGACUCGGCAUAUGAAGAACUCCCUUCUGAUGCUCAUGGCGGUUUGGAAGACCAACACACUGCCCACACCACAGGACUUUGCUGCAGCUGCCUCGGUCCCGUCGAUUUGCUUUGGCCAUGGCACAUACCAGACAGAGAUCGGACCGGUCCAGUGCUCUCCAGACCCGUUGACUGGGCAGAAGUUCACAGUCCCGGCCUGAUUCGCAGAUGAGCCCGCAAUGCGCAAUAGCAGCGGGGAUAUUGAAAUUUUAGGCCCGUUUCGGGCAUCUUUAGGCCCCGUAGACGGCCUGUUCAGACAGCACUGGUUUGUCCUUUCUCAG